AUGAUUCAAAUGAAAAUAGUAGGCCCAGUGAAAUCAACAACUAAUUUUCUCAGUGAACACAACAACAACGUGGCGCACACGGUUCAUUGCAUACGGAAAACAGCCGUGUUGCAUAUUACGCCGCGUGUGCUUUGCGCGUUGAAAACCCCUGCACGCACAGAAGGCUUUUCGAGACUAAAGCACCGAUUCUGCGAACCUGCGGCUCAGCAUUCCGAUGCAGAUUCCGGCAGUGGCAGAGCAGGAGCAGCGCUGCGGCAGAAGGACGAAGUACGAGGGAAGAGCGUGAAGAAGAUGCAGGAGAGCACACCAUCGCUGAUGUCAUGAGCAUGUCUUCUUUCGCCGAAGAAGAAUCUGUGGGCCAAGUCAGUCAAGCGGCCAUGUAGUAAGCCCAACAUAUUGUCGCAGGGCAGCAUUCUGAUGCUGCUGAUGCUGACGAUAUCAAGGACGAAGUUAAGCACUUCGUGACAGAAUCAAGAGUUCAAGCCACGUUCGUGGCCAGCUCUUCGCUCUUUUGUGGCUUUGUAGCUGACAUUCUCUUCGACACUUUUCUAGUUUCUGGGUCAUUUAGGCGAGACAGGUUACAAGGCAGUUAAGUGCUCAAAUAACCCA